CUCACGACCUAGUUGCUUCCGCCUCGGCCGGCCGGCCGCCGCCGUCCCGCUAGCUGGCUGCUCCGUGCGUCCUCCUCCGCGCCAUUCCCCUGACCCUACCGCGCAGCAAGCAGUGCCUCCCCCUCCCAGCCGCCGAUCUCGCUCCGCUGCUCGCUGGCUCGCGCAGGAGCGGCUGCCUACAGCUACUACUCGACUCGGUAACUGCGUCAGCUGAUGAAAUUGCUUCGAGAUCAAGCACAGGCGAUCCGCUAGUGGUGGUGCUGUAGCCUGUAGGUGGUGGAUUGUUCCGAUUCUGCUUCAGCUUCUGAUCCAGGGCAGCCCGUAGCCGGCCCUCGUACUCGGAGGCAGGUGACUGCUUCUGGUUGAGCUGUGUGGCAUUGAAGCUGCGCAACAAGGUCGUGGUCAAGCCAGAGAGCUGCCGCCGAAUCAUCCCCUAGGUACCUCAUCCCUAUGGCGACACUGAGGCCUCAAACAAUCCUGGUACAGCCACGCAUCGACCCCAUGUUCAUCAUCAAUGGCAAUGAAGAUUCACUAGUCAACGGUAACGACAUCGGUGAUGGUAAACACUUCUAUUGUCCCAAGUGCAUGUCUGUCGUGGCAUGUGCAUGUACACGUUCCUGCUUCAGCUUGUGCGACCACAAUUUCUGCUCGAGCUGUGUUGCCAUGAAGCUGCGCCAGAACGUCACCCACGUCCAAUGUACUGGUGAAAGCUCGACAGCGUCGGAGAAAUAUCGUGGCGUGACAAUGUUGCAGCCUGAAACAGUCCAAGUAUCGUCACGCAUCAAUCCCGUGUUCAUCACCAAUGGCACUGAAGAUUCACCUAAGGACGACAUUAGUGAUGACAAGCACUUCUACUGUUCCAAGUGCAUGCAUGUGGUGCCAUGUGCAUGUAUAAGGUACAACUUCACCAUGUGUGACCACGACUUCUGCUCGAGGUGUGUCGCUGUGAAGCUGCACCAAAACGUUGCCCGUGUCAAAUGUACUGGGGAGAGCUCGAUGGCGUCGGAGAAAUAUCAUGGCGUGACAAUGUUGCAGCCUGAAACAGUCCAAGUAUCAUCACGCAUCGAUCCCUUGUUCAUCACCGAUGGCACUGAAGAUUCACCUAAGGACGACAUUAGUGAUGACAAACACUUCUACUGUGCCAAGUGCAUGCAUAUGGUGCCAUGUGCAUGUAUAUGGUACAACUUCACCAUAUGCGACCACGACUUCUGCUCGAGGUGUGUUGCUGUGAAGCUGCACCAAAACGUCGCCCGUGUUACAUGUACUGGGGAGAGCUCAACGGCGUCGGAGAAAUAUCGUGGCGUGACAAUGUUGCAGCCUAAAACAGUCCAAGUAUCGGCACACAUCGAUCCCUUGUUCAUCACCAAUGGCACUGAAGAUUCACCGAAGGACGACAUUAGUGAUGACAAUCACUUCUACUGUGCCAAGUGCAUGCAUGUGGUGCCAUGUGCAUGUAUAAGGUACAACUUCACCAUGUGCGACCACGACUUCUGCUCAAGCUGUGUUGCCGUGAAGCUACACCAGAAUGUUGCUCGCCUCGGAUAUUCUGACCGUGAGGAUGGCGAUGGUGAUCUUUUCUAUUGCAACAUCUGCAUGGAGAUGGUGCCGAGGACCCUCAAGUUCAGUGUCAACUCGUGUGGCCACGCCUUCUGCGCAAGCUGUGUCACCCAGUAUGUUGCCGCAAAGCUGGACAACAAUGUAGCUCGCAUCGAAUGCCCUGACCCAGGCUGCAAGUGUGGUGUCGUCGAGUUGGAGAGGUGCCAUGACAUCAUUUCCCCGGACGUCCUGGACAAAUGGGGUUUCCUGCUGUGCGAAUCUGUGCUUGGCACCAAGAGGAUAUACUGCCCAUACAGAGAAUGCUCGGCGCCUCUGCUUGCUGACGGCGAGUCCGGGGUGGCUGUGGUCGCGGAGGCGGAGUGCCCGCACUGCCACCGGCUUUUCUGCGCCCGGUGCGCUGUGCCAUGGCAUGGCGGCAUCACGUGCAAUGAGUUCCAGAAGCUUGGACAGGACGAGCGCGGCCCGGAGGACUUCUUGCUCAGGAGUCUCGUUGGCAGGGAGGGAUGGCAGCGGUGCCCCAAGUGCCAGAUGUACGUGGAGAAAUCAGAAGGGUGCAAUUACAUCAAAUGCAGGUGUGGAUACAGCUUCUGCUACCGAUGCGCAUCCAAGUUGUCCGCACUAAACCAUUACUGCAACAAGUGCAAACGCUAAUGAUUUGUUUAGUUGUUGACACCUACGAAUAUAUAGUCUCCUUGAAACUUGAAUAGCUUCAGUCCUGCUUGUGUAUAUAUGGGUUAUUAUGGCAUUUUUCAGUUAUUGUAGUACAAACUGGAGACUGUUAGUAGUACUUGGUUGUACAUAUAUAUCUUCUAUGGUGGGGA